AAAUUCCUGACAAAGAUUCCAGGAAAUGAACAGGCAGCAUCAGAGUAUAUAAGGGACAAACACAGGUGUAUAGGAACUCACUUCAGCUCAGCUCUGCUUCACACUCAAGAUGAUGAAAGUUUUGCUGCUUACUCUUGUUGUUCUCCUGGUGUUGGAGAAUGGCUCUGCCCUGAAAUGUCACAACUGUGUUCCCCGCACACCUGGAGGACGUUGUGUGACCACACAGGAGACGUGCGGCUAUAAAAAAGACACCUGUGUAUCUGCCAGAUUCACAAUCUCUCCCUUUUCUUACUUCCGGAGGUGCAUUAGCAAGGCAGACUGCAUGAUUCUUCAGACAAGCCCCUAUAUUAAGACCAAGUGCUGUGAUACGGACCUGUGCAACACCCCAGUCAUUUAAACCCACACAACGCAAUGCAUAUCAAGCCAUAGAGGGAAAAAAUACCCAGAAUGGUAACAUUUAAGUAGCACAUGUCACACAUAUGUAUAUUAGUAUAAUUAUUUACUAAUGCAAUACCAAUUAUUGGUUAAUGUUGAGUAAUAGGAUGUUGUACAACAUGUAAAUUAGUAAUAGGGUGAUUCUGUAACUGUGGGCACUUUUUCAUAUAUGCACUUCAUACUAAAACAAAAAAAGCUAGCAUGAACAAAAUGCCGCAUUAAAGACAUGAAUUUGCUACAGCUGUGUAUCAUUUCACAUGUGUCUUCAAAUCUCUGUGUUUUGUUCGUUUGUCACACAACAGAUGCAAAAUUAACAAACUGUUCAUAAAUGACCCUUUACUAAUGUUCAGUUGGUCAUACAGGUGUUAUAUGUAUAAAAAAUAAGAAUACUGUGCACUAUAUAGAGCAGAACUAGUAGGACUCGUAUGGUAGCAUAACUACUUGAUUUACACUCUUGACAUUGAUUGUUCCAUUAAAAACCAUUAAACCCAUUAAUUUUUUUAAUUAUCUUCACACUAAGAAAAUAAAAUGGUAUUUUAAGAGUUA